AUGGCUGACAUUCAAACUGAAGGAGUCGUAGCUGCUGCAAAGAACCGUUUGCAGGUUAUAAAGGGCUUAGAGGAUGUAGAAGUGUCUGAAUGCGAAAGUUGCUCCUUUGAAGUGACUCUUAACCUGGCAUACAUUGAGGGUGUGUGGUGUCGGGACGGGCUGCUGCUCAAGUCCAGGCCCAACUGUCGGAUAAGCACUCAUGGCAAAAGACACUCCCUCACUCUCACCAGGGCAUCUCUGGCUGAUGCUGGACUUCUGCAGUUUCAGGCCAACGGUGUUCAGUCGUCCUGCAAACUCAGUGUCAGAGCCAGAGAUAUACAGAUUACCAAAGAGUUGGAGGAUGUGGACAUAGUGGAGCGUCAGCAGGUGACAUUUCUGUGUGAGGUCAACCAGGUGGAUGUGGAGGCUCGGUGGUACAGGAAUGACUGCAGAAUACGGGCUGGAGACAACAUAAAGAUCCGACACCAAGGAAAAACCCAUAUUCUAAUUUUGAAGUCUGUACGGCCUGAGCAUGCUGGAAAGAUACAAUUUACAGCUGAGCGUGUGUCUUCAUAUGCAACACUCACAGUUAAAGAACUUCCAGUUCAAAUAAUUCGGCCUUUAAGAGUCAAAAUAGCCAUGUAUCGCCAUAGAGGUUUGCUGGAGUGCCAAGUGUCACGACCUAAUGCUCUGGUCAGAUGGUACAAGAGUGGCAGGGAGCUGCUGCCCAGUAAGAAGUACCAACUCAUCAGUCAGGAUAUCUACAGACAGCUGACCAUUGACAAUAUCUGCUCCUCUGAUGAGGACACAUACACUUGUGAUGCAGUAGAUGAUAAAACAUCCUGCCAGCUUUUUGUUGAAGAGCAGGCUAUCACCAUAGUAAAAGGAAUGAGGUCAGUGGAGGUAAUGGAGCCAAAGCCUGCUCGCUUUAAAGUGGAAACAAAUAUUAAAUCAGUAAGACCUCCGAGAUGGACCCUCAAGAGUGAUGAUCUCGAGCAGAGCGAUGUUGUGGACAUCAGCAGAGAUGGCACAAUUCACAGCCUUUGCCUCGCCUCUACCGACAGCUCAAUGUCUGGUACUGUAGUUUUUGUCGCAGGAAAGAGUAAAUCCACUGCAGAACUUACUGUGAAAGAGAGGCCUCUUCAGGUGGCUCGUCAUCUGAAUGAUGUAGAGGCCAAAGAGAAUGGCACAGUCUCCUUGAAUUGUGAAUUUUCCCCGUCUCCUCGAGUCAUCCACUGGUUUAAAGGGCGUACAGCUUUAAAGACCUCCAACAAAUACAGCAUGAGGAGAGAAGGGAAACGAGCUGAGCUCACCAUUCAUGGCCUGGCUGCUGUUGAUGCCGGACAGUACCGCUGUAUGGCCGGAGGUGCACAGACUGCUGGAAAUGUCAAGGUAGAAGUACGAACGCUUAAAUUUGUAAAAGACCUUGAGGCUGUGGUGAUUGAGGAGGAGGGUUCAGCCAGAUUCUCAUGUGAGCUCAAUUAUGUUGUUGGCAAUGUCGAAUGGCUCCUGAACAAUAUCCGCCUUAUUUCGAAUUCUAUGAACAAGAUUCAGCACAUGGGCACAAUCCAUAGUCUUACUAUUUUCAAGCCUCGCCCUCAAGACAGCAGAAUCACAUUCAAAGCAGGCCCUCUUUCUCAGACAACAAAUCUCAAAGUUAAAGAACGUCCAGCAGUGUUCUUGAGGUCACUAGAAGACGUAUCCGGGGAAGAGCAAGGCGAGGUUUGUUUCCAGUGUGAAGUAUCCAAAGAGUCUGUGUGUCCAGUUUGGAAAAAGGAUGGUGUGGUUCUGAUAUCCGAUAACAAUCAUGAGAUCCUGCAGUUUGGAAAGUCCCUUUCAUUAGUCAUUCACUCACUUUGCAAGGAAGAUACAGGAAACUAUACAUGUGAGCUUGGCACCAGCAAAACGAAGGCUCGGCUCAUAGUCCAUGAUUUACACAUAUCAAUUGUUCAACGACUGAAGACCUCUGCUGUAUUGGAAGGAGAAAACUGUACAUUUGAGUGUGUUCUUUCUCACAAUCUUCCUGAUGAACCAUGUUGGACUAUCAAUGGUCAGAUAGUAGAGAGCAACAGUCGAAUUCAGCUUGAACAGAAUGGCCGCCAAUACAAGUUGACCAUCAGUGAAGCCAUUCUAUCUGAUGCUGGAGAUGUUGUUUUCACUCUGCAUGAUCUAAGCUGUAGAACCAUGCUUUUCGUCAAAGAGAAACCAGUGCACAUCUUCAGAGAUCUGCUAAAUGUCAAGGCAGUACCAGGUGAAGAUGCAGAGCUGAGUUGUGAGAUCACAAAGCCUGAGGUCACCACACACUGGCUCAAAAAUGGCCGCCUGCUCAGAUCGAGCCCUAAGUAUUUGAUGAGUGUGGAAAACAACAUGGCGCGCCUUAUAAUCACUAACACCACAAUUAAAGACUCAGGGGAGUACUGCUGUGAAGUGGACGGAAUUGCAACACGAGCCAAGCUUGAGAUCAGAGAACUCCAGCACACAUUCGCACAAGAGUUGAAAGACACCCGUGGAGAAGAAAAGGGUAGGGCAGUUCUAGAGUGUGAGACGAGACGCCCUGCUAAGCGUGUGAAAUGGCUAAAAGGCAUGGUGGAGGUGCGGCCUGGGAGAAAGUAUGUCAUGAAACAGAAAGAUGUGGUCCUAUCCCUAACCAUCACCUCGCUGGAGAAGACUGACACAGAUAUUUAUAUUUGUGACGUCGGCACCAUGCAAAGUCGGGCCCACCUAACUGUACAAGAAGAGAAAGUUGCCAUUUUGGAAGAACUUGAAGAUAUCGAGUGUCUUGAAGGAGAUGUUGUCACUUUCCGAUGCCGCAUCUGUCCCGCCGAUUAUACCAAUGUGAAGUGGUAUUUGGAUGAAACUCUACUCUACACCAACGAGCUCAAUGAGAUCCAAGUCAUUCAAGGAGGUUACCAUGCGCUUACAUUCAAACAGCUUGCCCGCAAAGACACUGGUACCAUUUCAUUCUCAGCUGGUGACAAGCGAUCAUAUGCGUCACUGCUGGUUCGUGAGAGAAGACCCACUAUAAUUAAAGCAUUGGAGGACUGUGAGGCCGUGGAAGGAGGCGGCCUGGUGUUGUCUUGUGUCACUUCAAAACCUUGUCAUAUCUUGUGGUACAAAGAUGGCUGCUUGAUGUGGAGCUCUUCCAGGUACUAUGCCAGUCGUUCUGAAUGUGAAGCUCGCCUUACAAUCCGUGAGGUCCUGCCAAGUGACGCAGGGGUGUAUGAGUGCAGUGCUGGCUCUGUGAUGACCAGUGCUGUCAUCACUGUAAAAGCCAUCCCAGCAGAGUUUCUCGAAACGUUAAAGUUUGUUGAGGCCAAAGAAGGUGAGACAGUUACCCUGGCAUCAUCAAAUCUGUCAAGCCAGAGGACUCAGGAGAAUAUACGUGUCAAUGCCGCAACCAACGAACCUCAGCUUCCCUCAAAGUUCAUGCUAUUCCGAUUACAUUUGUUCAAGCCUUAA